UCUAAUUUCAAUGGACAAAGUGUCAUCAAUUCACGCGUUGCUUUCAGAUAACUUCUACAUCGGUGACAAGGAUGUCCUGUUCAGUGCUGUCCAGUUCUCAGACAAAGUUUCAAACCUCUUCUGCUUCCGCAAGUUCAGAAGUGCCAAAGGAAUCAAGAAGGCUCUGAGCCUUGCCUCAUACGCUAAAGGUGGAUCCAAGAAUCUGCUUAAAGCCCUGCAGUAUGUCGAGAGUGAUUCCUUCAACAGAAAAUGUGGAGCCAGACCACAGGUGCCUAAGGUUGUCAUUAUCAUCACUGGAAACAAACCAAACAAUGCUCCCGCCACCAGCAACUUCGUGAACCAACUCACCGCCAACGGCGUCACCGUAAUCAGCGUGGGUAUCGGACCAGGAAUCACGCUUCCACAAGUGCAGGAACUGGCCUCCAGCAACGACCUGGCCUUCUUCGUGGACGGUGGAGACAACCUGGAGGACGUUGAGCCUGAUGUGUCCGUGUGCACAGCCGGCAUUUCUACACUGCCUGGCUACAGCAUGGUAUGCUCUGAAAGAUGUGCCUUCAACCUGGAAUGUACUGAAACCAAUGGUGAAUUCCACUGCGUCUGCCACAAAGGUUACUUCUUCAACCCCAUGCGCUCCAGAUGUGAAGAAUUGCCCGGGUACGAUGAACGUUGCAAUGGAGCUUGCAGUUCUAACUUGAUCUGCAAAGGUCGGAGCAACAGUAAGAAGUGUGUGUGCAGGGAUGGGUUCCACUAUGACGCUGCUGCUGAAAUCUGUGCUCUCGAGAAUGUAUGUGAAUCCAAAGUGGAUCUACUCUUCAUUAUUGAUGGCUCUGGCAGUCUUGGACCUCAAAACUUCCAGAAUGAAUUGAACUUUGUUGCUGACCUUUCAAACUCAUUUAAGAUUGGGGAUGCUCGCAUCAGUGCCCUUAGAUUUUCCACUGAUGUUGAUGCCCAGUUCGAUUUCAACAAGUACUCCAACAACGCUCAAGUUCUUGAGGCCAUUCGCGCAAUCAAGUACACUGGAGGCAUCACCAUGACCGCUGACGCCCUGGAAUACGCCAGAGAGACUUCUUUCUCCGCGGCCGCUGGCGCUAGAGAGGACGUGAACCGAGUGGCGAUUGUCAUCACCGACGGAAACUCUACCCUGCCUGAAUCAACCAUCACCGAAGCUCGUGAACUUCAAGCCUCUGGCGUCGAGGUUCUCGCCGUUGGUAUCGGCUCACAGCUCAGCCCGAAGGAACUGAAUGCCAUCGCUUCCAGCCCAGAGCGAGUGUUUAUGGUCAACUCCUUUGAUGUUCUAUCUGCCAUCAAGGAGAAGGUGCUCACCUCCACUUGUGAUGCAGCUCAAGUUGUGCCUGGAUACAACCAGUUCUGCCGGGAAGAAUGUUCCUCUAACUUCGAAUGUAUGUUGCUGGACGAAGCGACAAAAUGUGGUUGUCCUGAAUUUAACUACUAUGACGAAGACCAAGACAAAUGUAUGCCAGUGCCUACCUACAAGGAGAGCUGCACCACUCAGUGUAGAGCUAACUUGAUUUGCACUCUUCAAGAGGAUGAGAGCUCCAUUUGUCUGUGCGCUGAGGGACAGUACUUUGACGAGGAUGACAGUGCAUGUGCCGUUUUGCCUGGCUUCCAGGAGGAAUGUGACGGCCAAUGUUCUUCCAACUACGAGUGCAGAGAAAGCCAGGGCAAUCUGCUGUGCUUGUGUCCUAAGGGAUUCAACUACGACUCAGACAGAGAUGUGUGUGAUGACAUUCCCGACUUCAAGGAAUCUUGCACAGAUUCCUGCGCUUCCAACCUGGUUUGCAGAAAAUUCUGGGGCACAAUGCAAUGUCGCUGUGCAGUCAGCUUCUACUGGAACCCAAGCCUCCAGAUUUGUGAAUACCUUCCAAGAUACGAUGAGCCAUGCUCCGGCAGAUGUAGCUGGCCCUUCUGGUGCAGGAAUGUGCCUGAAGGCGGAUCCUUUUGUCUCUGCAAGAAUACCGAGUACUACGACCCAAGCACUUACAGGUGCAAGCCAAUUCCCACCUACAACCAGCCCUGCCUUGGAGUUUGUCAAUCUAACCUCAAGUGUACUCAAGGAAAAUGUCAGUGUUCUGAAGGCUUUAACUUCGACACUGUGAGCAAUGAAUGCUCCCUGGUAUCCAAAUGCAACUCUGCUGUGGACCUUGUUUUUGCCAUUGAUGCGUCUGGAAGCCUUGGACUCAAUAACUUCAAAAAAGAAUUGGCUUUUGUCAAGGAGAUUAUCGGCUACUUCCCUGUGGGUCCCGAUGCCGCUCAGAUUUCCGCUCUCACGUUUGCCUCAGAGGUCAACAACUUGUUCUGCCUCGAUCAGUACAGUUCUAACGAGGCCAUCGCCCGGGCUAUCGAGAACACCCAUUACUCUCACGGUGUGACAAUGACUGGAGACGCUAUUAGGUACAUCCGCUCUGAAACGUUUAGCGCUGCCUGCGGUGCAAGGAAAGGAGCUUCUAAGGUCGUCAUUGUUCUUACUGACGGAAGAUCUACUGAAUCUGACGAAACUGUACGCCAGGCUCUGAUUCUUAAAUCUUUGGGCGUGGAAAUCAUCAGCAUUGGCAUUGGAAACCAAGUGGAUUCAAAUGAACUCAAGGCCAUCGCAUCUAACCCUGAUCUGGUAUUCUACGCUCCAACCUUUGAAGAUCUUGCCUCUCUGAAGGCUCAAGUUGUGGGUCAGUCUUGUGAGGCUGCUGGAGAAGGUGCGCCUUGCAGGGUUCCACUCGAUCUGCUGUUUGUCAUUGACUGCUCUGGUAGUCUUGGAGAAAUCAAUUUCAAGAAAGAGUUGGCCUUUGUUCAGAAGCUCCUUGGAAGUUUCAGUAUCGGUCCUCAAAAUACUCGGGUGGCUGCUCUCACAUUCUCAACCCAAGUCAACCAUCGGUUCUGCUUUAACAAGUACAACACCAGUCAAGAAGUUAUUAAUGACAUCAUCAACACCCCAUACCCGAAGGGUGUGACCAUGACCCACCAAGCUCUCAAAGCAGCAAGAACAGAAUACUACAACUCGAAAUGUGGAGCCAGGGACAACGCUGCCCAGGUUACCGUGGUCAUCACAGACGGACAAUCCACUUUCCCAUCUGCGACCCAGGCGGAAGCCCCUCUGCUGCACGGAGCUGGGGUCAAGGUUGUCAGUGUGGGUGUCGGAGCAGGCAUCAGCCAGGACGAGCUCAAGGUGAUUGCCUCCAGCGAUGACUUGGUCUUCAGUGCCACCAACUUUGACGUACUUGAUGCCAUCGAAAAGGAAGUGUCUGCCACCGCAUGCAAGGCUGCUGAAGAUGUUCCUGGAUAUCUUGAGGGCUGUACCGAUCAGUGCGCCUCUAACCUCCAUUGUCUUAAAGACGGCACUGAGAACCUCUGUGAAUGUCUGGAAUACCAGUACUUUGACCAGAACACCAAAACCUGCGUGGCUUUGACUUGUCUGAGUGGUCUGGACGUGUGCAGUGACAAGCCCAACGGUGACUACCCCGCCUGUGCCCCAAUGUGUGGCUACGGAUACUUCUACAACUGCUACAACGGACACACCGAAAUCGGACAAUGCGUAAAUGGACAGCUGGAGAUUGCUCUGCACCCAGGCCAAACCAGCUCACAGAUUGUAGGCAAGACCGGCUCCGAGAGAUGCUCCAGCCUGGUCCCCUACUGUCCUCAGAACUGACCUCACCUCGUGUCCGUUGAAUGAGGACACGCAUAAAGGCCUUCAUCUCACGGUUCAUCAUUACAGUACAGAAGAAUUUGAUGAAAGAUAAAGAAUGAUAUAGUUGUGCUUCUGUGGAGCUGAGAUAGAUCUGUGCUGGUGUUGUAAAAUAUUCUCUCACUGGCCGAGGAGGGCAACAUGCUCAAGUAUUGAUGGACGUGUGGUCUAUAUUUAAGUCAGAAAUAAACAUAGCAUUAAUGACAUGAAA